AUGUGGGAGAAGGGUAGCUGGCAGGAGGUUAGAAGGGCACCUCGGUUUGUUAUUUCUGUUAUAACGGCUUUUGUCGCUUGUUUCUAUCGAGGUAUAUCUACCCCUCGCAUGCUUCUUGUACAGCCAUGGCGUACAAGCUACGCCGUGGUGGUUACCGGCGCCGGAGAGGCGAGUCAGCCGGGAACUCAAGCACCGUCGAUGAAUCAGCCACCGAUCCACACUGUUCCGCAUGUAGUCUCGCAGAGAGGCCAAGUUGAAGAUAUCGAGAACCCCCUGCAUCUCAACGUCAACGAGAGUCCAAACAACAUCCUUGUUAGUCCACCGCUCACAGGUAGUGCUAACUACGGCUCGUGGAGUAUCGCCAUACAAGUCGCUCUAGAAGUGAAAAACAAGUGGUCGCUUGUUGAUGGGAGCACAGAAGCACCAGACAGAUCGCAGAUCCAUUAUCCGGCGUGGAGGAGGUGUAAUCUGAUGGUCAAGUCCUGGAUUCUGAAGGCAGUUCAUCCCUCAAUCGCUCAGAGCGUGUUAUACAUGGAUGUCGCGAAGGAUGUAUGGAAUGAUCUACGGAGGAGGUUCUCCCAACGUGAUGCGCACCGCAUUUCCUAUUUGCAAACUGAGAUCUACGGAUUGAAGCAGGGGAAUCUCUCAGUGAACGAGUAUUAUACGGAGUGUAGAUCACUUUGGGAAGAGAUGAAUAAGAUGCGGCCUCUUCCGAUCUGUAAGUGCAUUCCAAAAUGUUCCUGCGAUUUAGUUGAUCAAGUCAGAAAAGAUCGAGAAAUCGAUCAAAUCAUACAAUUUCUACAAGGCCUAAACAACGACUAUAACUCUCUCAAAUCUAGCGUUCUAGUUCUUGAUCCGUUGCCUGACCUGUACAAAGUGUUCGUUAUGGCUGAGAAACUGGAGAGACACCUCAAUGACACGAAUCCUAAUCUGGAAAUUGUCCAUGCUAAUGCUGUCUAG